UUGAAUUUUCUAGGAAUUUUAUCCCUUAGCAUUUUAUUGCAUGCAACUAGCUAUUUUUAAACUUGAGGAAAAUGCUAAUAAUAAGGGUCAAAUUAGUGAAUCAAAAAUGUUUGAAGUGUUAAACGAAUCAAGUCCUAUUAAUUUUGAAAGAAGAACUGCGAAUUACAAUUUAGAAGGAAAUUACUCAGAUGGUGUAAUGGUUGAUCUUUUACAACUUGCUAAGAAAACAUUUAAUUUUAUGAAAAUGAUUGAAGAUGCUUUUUUCGAACAAUUGCGUAAAGGUGAUGAAAAACAAAAUGGUUUCGUGUCAAAAGAAUAUGCAAAAGAAGUCAUUUUUAAUUGCAAAUUUUUUGAUGGCCGAAAUAAGGACGAUCGUCUAAAUAGGCUACUCGGAAAGUAUACAAAUGAGCAAAAUCAAUUCAAUUACUUAGAGAUGAAAAAAAACGUAUUAGAUGAUAUUGAGUCAGAUAAAUCUAAAAUUUAUUCUUAUAAUUAUAAGAAAAAAAAAUGGGUGCGUAAAUACAAAUUUACUCCUACUCAUUGUUUAUAAAAAUGUAGUAAAAUUUCAUUAAUUAUAUUUGUUUUAAUUGUUUAAAAUAAUAUUCAGAGAAAAUAUGUACAUUAGAGUACAUAUUAUCUCAAAUCUAUGUUAUUUAAUGCUGAAUUAAUUCGAUACAAUGCUUCCUUUUCAUACUAAUAUACCUACGUUGAUGAUAAAUUUUGUUUGCCUUAAUCGUUGUGUUUUAUUCAUUAAAGUUCAAAAAUCAGAAAAAUUAAUAUGUAUGUAUAUGAUUUAUUCAAAUAUAAUGUCUGUUAAAUAAAUCUUUUUUUUUAUUAUUCACUAUACUACAACUUUAUUAUAAGGAUUUCAGUCAUUA